AUGGCAAGCAGGAGUUUGAAGAGAUCUCUUAAAAAAGAGUUGUCUUUCUGUGAGCCAGCAGAAAACAGGCACAGAAGCAUUACAGUUGGUGCUCACACAAGCUGCUCACUAUUAAAAUUCCUGUGCCCCACAGACGAACAAGAGGCCUUGAACUCCAUCAUGAAGGACCUGGUAGCACUCCAGAUGAGUCGGCGUCACAGACUGACUGGAUUUGAUACCAUGAAGAAUAAAGACACCUCUCACUCCAACAAACAGAAAAAGCACAAUGCCAGCAGUCCACCCCUCUUGGGCAGCCCUGCAAUAACAAACCAGUGUGCCUCUGCAGUGGAAGAAAAAAAAAUUCCGAAUGAUGUAAGGAUAAAGUUUGAAUAUAAUGGGGAAAGACGAAUUAUCCCUUUUGUCCGUCCCGUGCGCUAUGAAGAUGUGCAACAGAAAGUGAAAACAGCCUUUGGGCAGCCUCUGGACCUCCACUACCUGAACAAUGAGCUUUCUAUUCCUUUGAAAAACCAAGAUGACCUGGAUAAAGCAGUAGAUCUCUUAGACCGAAGCUCUAAUGUGAAAAGCCUUAGAAUAUUACUGCUUUCUCAGGACAGAAACCAUACCAGUUCUUCUCCCCAUUCUGGACUGCCCAAACAAGUCAGGAUUAAAACCUCCCAAUCUGUGGGGGAUGUGAACACACCUUACCAGCAGGCAGAGCCCCGAAGCAGGCACCUUUCUGUCAGUUCCCAGAACACAGGCCGGAGUUCUCCACCUCCUGGGUACGUUCCUGAGAGGCAGCAGCGCAUCGCUCGGCAGGGUUCCUACACCAGCAUCAACAGUGAAGGCGAAUUCAUCCCCGAAACCAACGAGCAGUGUAUGCUUGACCCUUUAAGCAGUGCUGAGAACUCGGUGUCAGGAAGCUGUCAGUCCUUGGACAGGUCAGCAGACAGUCCCUCAUUUCGGAAGUCACGGAUGUCAAGGGCACAAAGCUUUCCUGAUAAUAGACAGGAGUUCUCAGACCGUGAGAAUCAGAUCUAUGACAAAGCUGGGAAAGGUGGCACCUACCCGCGGCGCUACAACGUCUCCAUGCAGCACAAGGACUACAAUGACGGUCGGCGGACGUUUCCCCGGAUACGGCGUCACCAAGGGAAUCUUUUCACUCUGGUACCUUCAAGUCGUUCCUUAAGCACCAAUGGGGAAAACCUGGGCCUGGCAUUGCAGUACCUGGACUCCCGGGGGCGCCUGCGGAGUGCUGACAGUGAAAAUGCCCUUGCUGUGCAGGAGAGGAACAUUCCCACUAAAUCUCCAAGCGCUCCGAUAAAUUGGCGACGAGGAAAACUGCUGGGCCAGGGAGCCUUUGGUCGUGUGUAUCUGUGCUAUGAUGUGGACACGGGCAGAGAGCUGGCAGCUAAGCAGGUCCAGUUUGACCCAGAGAGUCCUGAAACGAGCAAGGAAGUGAGUGCCCUGGAGUGUGAAAUUCAGCUGCUGAAGAACCUCCAGCACGAACGUAUUGUGCAGUAUUAUGGAUGCCUGCGGGAUCGAGCAGAGAAGACCUUGACCAUCUUCAUGGAGUACAUGCCAGGGGGGUCAGUGAAGGACCAGCUGAAGGCAUAUGGUGCUCUCACAGAAAAUGUAACUCGGAAAUACACUCGCCAGAUUCUCGAGGGAGUCUCAUACCUUCACAGCAACAUGAUUGUGCAUAGGGACAUAAAGGGAGCCAAUAUUCUCCGUGACUCUGCUGGGAAUGUGAAGCUUGGGGACUUUGGGGCCAGCAAACGGCUGCAGACAAUCUGUAUGUCUGGAACAGGCAUCCGCUCUGUCACUGGCACUCCAUAUUGGAUGAGCCCAGAGGUGAUCAGCGGAGAGGGCUAUGGAAGAAAAGCAGACGUAUGGAGCCUCGGUUGUACUGUUGUGGAAAUGCUGACAGAGAAACCACCCUGGGCAGAGUACGAAGCCAUGGCAGCCAUUUUCAAAAUUGCCACCCAGCCAACCAACCCCCAGCUCCCUUCCCACAUAUCAGAACAUUGCCGGGACUUCCUAAAGCGAAUCUUUGUGGAAGCCAGGCACAGACCCUCUGCUGAAGAGCUGCUCAGACAUCAGUUUGCACAGCUCCAGUACUGAAUUACCUCCCUUGCUAGCGGCUCCUGCUGGGCUCUCAGUGCUCCAUCUGGUGUAGUUGCAACUGCCCAUUGUGGUGCUGCGUCUUCAAAAUGCCAACUCAGCUGUCCUAGUCCUUUGGGGAAGUUAUACCAAGGAACCUAGGGUCUGCCCUUGUGCCUGAUACCUUUGUUUGCUGGACUAAUGUUUAUUCUACCGACAGCUGUCCAAACAGAGCUGCGUUUUGCCCUAGUUACCUUGAUGUGAAAUUGUAGCUGGCUGCGUGUUUUCUGCGGGCCCAAGAGUGGGAAUGUAAGAAGUGUCUCGCUGGUUGAACCUGGAAGAAAUCUGAACCGGUGUGGGAACUGGAAGAGCUACCCUCUCCAUAACAGAAACGUGCUACAGCUUUCAAGAUCAGCUUUCUACAAGUGGUUACUCGUGUGGGUCACUGUUUUCCAGACUUCUAGGGCUUUAGAGAUAUCUGGAGUACAUGAAUCCAGCAAAAAGCCAUGUGUCAUUGAGCAUGCGCUCGCUAUAUUAUAUAUUUUUCUUCUUAAGUAUUCAGCAUCUGAAGGUGUUCAGAAAAUAUUGAUUCAAAAGUAUGUGAAUAGUGUUAUUUUAUAAUGAAACCAUGGAUUUGGGGGUGGGGGCGAGGGAGGUCUUUCUAGCUAAAUGUCAGGAUAAUCAGAAAUGUUGCAGCAGAAUGCAAUCACUCUAGAGCCUGAGAAAAGGGCUCUCCCACCAACAUUGGAAAGUCCAGAGCUUGAUUUCCAAGGCUUGAUCUGUCCUAGCAUUAAAGCAGUGUUGGUUCGUUUGUGCUCCUGGUUCAUCUCCCUGAGGCUGCUGGGUCUGAAGAAAGCCCUGCUGGAAGGGAGUCGUGCAGAACAGCUUUUUGUUGCACCAAUAUUUUGGCUGGUAACAUUUUUACUAUCCCUUAAACCAAAGAUAGUUAACCUGGUGCCUGGGAAUUUACUUCAGGAAAAGCUUAGGUGUUCCUUUGGUGGCCCAGCCUAGUGGAAAAUUAAGGAAAUGGAUUGCCUUUUUUCACAUGGAGAAUUUGCUGGACAGCAAUUUUACUUGUGCACAUUAAGUCAGAGUCAAGCUCAUCCCCUCACGGUGUGCAUUGUGUUCUAUAUGCAUGCAGGUGUUCAUUUUAAGGUUCCCAUAAAAUGUUUUGACCCCAUUUAAAUAAGCUUUUGUACAGAUUAAGUCAGUGGAACAAGGAGAACACUUGUAAUGCUAGCAGAUGUCUGAAACUAUCUGACCAAGAGGAGAGUUACAGAGAUCCCCAUACAGGCAUAUUACAAACGGAUACAUCCAAGCCAUUCUGCAUUUGUGUGUAGCACACCUCUGGUAACAGAGUUCCUGAUGGCUUACUGCCCUCAAAUCCUGCAUUGGGACACCAGUGGUCCUUAUUUCACACAGGAGAGCAGCAGCUUUUAAGUGCUGGGGGUUCCUGUGUUAAUUAAAAGUGUCCUGCAUGAAAUAAAACUAAGAGAAGCAAGCAAAUUACUAGCUGAAGUAUUGCUUCAUAGAGCAACACUAAAGGUGUUCUCUUGUAUUGGAAACCAUUUUCCAAAGGGCCCACAUGCUUUUCUCUUCCCCCAAAAAUCCUUGAAAGUUGCUUCAUGAUGCAGCAAAAUUAACAAGAAUUCAUGUUAAGCUCUUGACAGGAUAAAGCAAGUUUUAAUGUGAGCUUAGGAUCCUUGAACACACCACGAAUAAUAGGAUAUUGAAUUAGAAGAGGGGAAAAAAAAAAAGAAGAAAAAAAAAAGCCUGGAAAAGAUUUAACAAUCUUGUUUUUUUUCUGUGCCAAACUCAGAGCAAUAUGUAAUGGGUGGAAGCAAGUUAGUGUUGGUUUCACUUUCGGGCUCUCCUGCACUGCUACAAGGAUGCACUGUUUCAGUUUCAGGCACUUAGGGGGAUUUUAUUCUCAUGAAAGCCCUUGUUCUGUAAUUUAUUGAGUGAGAGCACUUCUAUUGAUCUCCUUAGAGCCUGGAACUUGACUCCAAAUUGUCCAACACGUGGCCUGUCUUUCGGCCUGCACUUCACUAUUGCUUGCACCAGAGGGAAGUGAGGGCAUGACGCUGCUGUUCUGUUCUGGGGAGCAUCUGACACCACUUGGCUGCAGUGUAAAUGGCUUCAGAGGGAUGCCAAGGCCUUCCUGCAGCCUUGACAGGAGUGGUCAGCAGUCCUAUGCGGCCCGGUAGCACUCUUCAAGCCUUGCAACUACAAAUAUACCAAAGAUUGGAAUCUUUAAUUACCCCCCUUGAACCUGCAGAUGCACAGGAGCAAUGUCGAUCCUUUCCACAUAGGCUUCUCUCUUCCCUUGGCUUGUCCUCACCAAACAGAGACCUCCUUCCGUGGUCUUUCCUUGCUGUCCCACACAUUGUGAUUUGGGAGAAUAGGGCAUGAGGAAAUGGUGUCACUUUUAAUAUUUCAAAGCAGCGAAAUCCUCAGGAUCUGUUGUGGCUUUUACCUCAUACGCAUCAUGGAAGGCUGUUCCAGAGCAAAGCAAAGAGCAUCACGGACUGAUGGGCUCAGUCCUUUCCCUGCCAGAGCUUCUGGUCCUUCCCACCACCUCUGCUGAAAUGUGCCUACUCCGUGUAUACACUUGUAUUCCAGUCUGUAUUAAUGAAAGCCAAUAGCAAUCGUACAGCGACAGAGAACAUGGGGUGCCAGCUUGGACUUCUUGUAUUCCAGUCCCUGACCCAAUGCCACCCGUUCGGCACAGGAACAAGCCAAAGCAUUACUUGUGUGUUUGGAGAUGCACUUUUAUGAAUGUAGUUUAUAUCGCUCUUUUUUAGCUCUUUUUACAUCAUGUAAACGGUGAUGCCUCAUACUUUUUUUUUUUUUUUUUUUUUUUAAUUUAUAUCGUAAAAGAUCAUAUUUGGUGAUUUUUAUAUAUAUCGACUCGACUGUUAUGGGGUUGGGGGGAGGAUGGGAAAUAAAUUUGACGCCUUUAUGAAUUUAAAAAGGAAAAAAAAGCAGCUGGUUUUGCAGAGAAUUCGCUGAUGGUUUAUAACGAGUAGAGCCAAGCCAAAAUGCCUUCUUUGUUUCCUCACAGCCACCUUGAUUAUGGGGAGAUCUGGAUUCUGAUGUCCACUGCUGCACUGAAUAACCUUGAGGCUGGCAUCUGUCCUGCAGUCUCUUUGCGCAGCCCUGAGAGCAAAAAAAAUGCAAGUGGACGUAAAUGUAAUGACAGCCCUGAAUUGAGUUACAUCUGGCCUCUUGAUCCUGGCAGAAUUGGGAGAAAAUGGGAAUAAACUUGUUCAGAGGAGGGUGGCCAGGCUAACAGCAAAAUGCUGCGUCCAUUCCAAAGUCGCUUUGUGUUUUCAGCUGUUCCUGCCUGGGAGGGAGAUGGAGCGAGUGCUUCGCACUGAUGGGAGGUGCUGCACAAGUGGAGGAGAUUCAUAUUUUUUUUUACCAAAUGUAUUUUAUCAGAGUGCUGCUAUCCUGGAACAGCCGAAACUUCGAGCAGGAAAAUGUUGGAGGUUCCCAUCAGAGAGGAGCUUUGGGAACAGAGGAUUUGGCAAACUGUGAGCUUGUCAGGAAGCAAACUGUUGGCAUUUUGGUCUUGGCGUGACGAUUCUGUGCAUUCCAGGUUACUGGCUUCUUCUCCAGUAAAAUCUAAUAUUUGCCUAUUCCGAUUGCUGCACAUUGCAGCAAUUUUCACAUUUUUGGAGUAAUAUUCCACAGGACUUGGAGAUACUCCAAAGAUUUCCCUUUGCCAUUAAUUACCAAAACAAACUGACCCAGAGGGACGUUGGUACCCGCUCAGGUGAGUGGGUAUUUCCAAGUGCCAAGAGAGCAGAGAUAAUCUGUGAAAGCUGGGCAAGUGUGGGCAAAGCUCAGAUAUUUAAAGCUCUACAGGGAAAGGACUGGAUCAGAUCCCCAUGACUGGUGCUUAGCUUAAUACUGCUGGGUGGAAAGAUUUUAUGUAUUUGAAUAUCUGCUGUCCUGUCACCUGUAUGCCUGUGGAGCUGGGAGCAUUCAGUGUUCUGUGGGUUAAUGAUAUUUGGGCUUCAUGUCUUUCAACCUUAUUCAGGAGCAAAUUGACCAGCAGCUCUGAAUUCCCCAGCUAGGAAAGGCCUAAAGGUGGUUUUGAAAUGUGGAAAAGGACACAGUUGCCCAUCAGUGCCUGCCUGACAUCAGCUGUGCAGAGCAGGCAGAAGUUGCUGUAACCUGGAUUGUGCAGAAGACCUUGAACCAGUAUCUAUAUGUACCGACCGGGGGCUUGCAGUGCAAAGCCAGGCCAAUGUAUCGUUUUAUUUACAAUAAAAUUAUCAUUUAUAUGAAA